CUCACCCACCCCCCAAAACCAAAAGCACACCAUCCAUCGUCAAACCCUAUCUCUCUCUGUCUCUCUCCGCCUCUCUCUCUCUCUCUCUAUUCGUCUGGAAUUCUCUUCAUUCCGAAACCCUAAAAUAACCCCCAAAUUCACAUGAAAUCGUAACCCCAAAUUCUCGUUGGGGUUUCAUCCUCGGGAGACACAUACGUCCUCUGAUGAAUCCCUUCCUCAAACCCUAGCCUCGAUUAUUGCCCUUUUCGGAUUUCGAAUUCGUAUCUAGAAAGAGGAGAGAGAGCGAGAGAGAGAGAGAGCGAUUAAUCGGCCAUGGAGGGCUCUGUGGCGGACGAUCUCGGAGCCCCGGAGUCAUGGGAGGUCGCCGGUGUGGACGAGGCUAUGAGCCGCCUGAUGCUCUCCUCCAACAAGGACCUCAAGCCCCAGCAAGACCUCAACGACGCGUCGUCUUUGGUUUCCUCCGUUUCUGAUGGAGCUGGUGGCGAUAAGCUCUCUGAGGACGCCCUCAAUCAGGUCGACCAGUUCCUUCGCGAGGCUUUGCAAAACCCUCGGGAGCGCCUAUCAAUUUUACGAAUGGAGCAAGAUGUUGAAAAGUUUAUCCGUGAUCCUAUUCAGCAGCAACUGGAGUUUCAGCAGUUGCCCACUUCUUACUUACGCUUGGCUGCACACCGUGUAGCUCAGCAUUAUGCACUUCAGUCAAUGGUUUUGUUAGAUAAUAACUUGCCUGAUGGCUCUGGUUCCAGAAUAAUUGUUCGCAAAACUCCCGAGUGUCGACUUCCUUUGAUUCGGCUUGCAGACAUCCCUGCUAGUUUGCCGUCAGAAGAAAGUGGUGUCACUAAAGUUGCAAUAAAACAGAGGCCCCAGAAACGGUCACAGAUGGCCAACAGUGCAGACUCAAAUUCAUCAAAGGGGAACAGUUCUAAAAGUGUGGAAGAGAGGAAGGAGGAGUAUAACAGGGCCCGUGCGCGAAUAUUUAAUGCUGCUAAUAAUAUUAGUGGCAGUACAAGUGGGAAACCAGAAAGUGAACCAAGACUGCAGGAUACUUCACAACAUGUUCCCUUGGUGAUGUCAAAAGUGGAAGAUAAAUCAGAUGUUUCUGAUUUACAUUCUAGUAGAGGUUUAAUUGAUUAUUCAACAAGUAGCAGUAGAGCAUCUUCUAGAAGUAGGACAGAGAAGGAGCCAGUGGGGAGGUACAAACCAAAUAAUAGGGUAGCCAUAUUUAGGGACCGUGAGAUUGACAGGAAGGAUCCGGAUUAUGACAGAAGUUACGACAGGUACAUGCAAAGAUUUGAUCCUGGGUUCGGAUUCAGUGGUGGACCAUACACCAUCCAGCCCAUGUAUACUCCUGCAUUGAAUUAUAACACUGAAUUCCCUCAACUUGGUUCUACCCACGGGCCUCAGAUUUCUACUGAACAUCAACCUCGCCCACUUCCACAACACUUACCCGGGCCGUGGGUUGCACCAUCCCCCCCUGCUGGUAUUGGGUAUGGUCAUCCAGAGACCAUAAUGACACCGUUUAAUCCUAAUCAUGUUGGUGUACGGUCCACGUCUGGCAUAUACCUGCAUUCUUCCCAGUAUCCUUGUCAGCGGCCUGGAAUGCCCUUUAUCCAUCCUCAUGAACAUGUUCACCAACCUUUUUCACAGAGUUCACAUGUGAACUAGCUAAUGUACAGAUGGGUCUUUGUGAGAAUUUGUGUACUGCUUGACUAUUGUGGUGUAGUACAAUUGAAAAUUUUCAGCUUCCCUCUGGCCUUUGGCAUCACACCACACCAGAGCUGUCUUGGCAUCUCUCUAAGUUAAAUCAUGUCUGACACACGAGCUUAACAUCUCAAGAACUUUUUUCACUAUUUCGUUUGUUAAAAGCAUAUAUUGUAAGCUUUUAUAGAGGGGUUGAUGUAUGAAUCAUUGAAAUGCCUCAAAAUAUUAACUUGGGAAUUCUGAAAGAAUAAAGCUGAUGAAUUAUAAAUUGGCCAUUAUGACAAAAGAAAAUCAAAAGACAAAUAACCUAUUGAUGCAUUUGUGAUCGCAUUUGAUGCUAGUAAUUAGAUGAACUUAUUUAGUGUAGUUUGAACUUGCCUGCCACAUCAGAUUGUAUAAUUAUGUGCUGAUCCUUCAUUAUAUAGGUCUGGCAUGUGUAAUAAAACAUGUAGUGGGUAUUCUUCAACCUUAAUGUUUGGAGUUUACUGUGAUUUUCUGCAUUUUCUUACUUUGACAUUUUGUCAUUUCAAUCAUCUGUUUUCCCUCUAUAAGAAGUUGCCAUUAUGUUGUCUUGAAAAGAUGAGUCUAACUACCUCCAUUAAAUGAGUGGCCUAAAUGUGAUGUGUGGAUUUGUUUCAUAGCUAUUUUAAUUUUUCUUUAAUUGAAAAGUUGAUCGUACAAGGUAGAAUCACAAAUAGUAAAUUUGUAUGCAGUAGAGUUUAUCUUGAUAAAAAUAAAAGUAUGUUGGAGAAAAUAUGCUUGAAUUAUAUCUGCCUUCUUAAGUA